CUUGUUUCAGAUUUAGUGGAGUUUAACUUGGGUAGCCCCAAGAAUGUGGGUCCUUUCCUGGCAGUGGACCAGAAGCACAACAUCCUGCUCAAAUACCGCUGCCACGGCCCACCCAUCCGCUUCACGACCGUCUUUAGCAGUGACCUCCGUUAUGUGGCCAAUGAGCUGAAUGGCAUCGUGGGAGGGAAGAACACAGUGGUCGCCAUAGCCGUGUGGUCUCAUUUCAGCACCUUCCCCUUGGAAGUGUAUAUCCGGCGGCUCAGGAACAUCCGUCGGGCUGUGGUCCAGCUCCUGGACCGAAGCCCUAAGACUGUGGUGGUCAUCCGGACAGCCAAUGUCCAGGAGCUGGGGCCUGAGAUUAGCCUUUUCAACAGCGACUGGUAUAACUUUCAGCUGGACACCAUCCUUCGCAAGAUGUUCUCAGGGGUUGGAGUAUAUCUUGUUGAUGCCUGGGAGAUGACCCUGGCCCAUUAUCUGCCCCACAAGUUACAUCCAGAUGAAGUCAUUGUGAAGAACCAAGUGGACAUGUUCUUGACCUUUGUGUGCCCCUUGGAGACCUAGCCUGCCAGAGGGGACUGGCGGAAUCACGUUCAGUGACCUUCUCUCUCACCUACACUACAAAAAGAUAAACUUCUUUACACAGGUGGCCCUGUGGAGAGAUGGCUUCUAUAUGUAUUUAAAAUCUAGAAAGGAGCUGGACUUCAUGUAAUCAUUGUAAGGAGCUUAGAAAAUGCAGAUUACACUUAUAUCUACCUAUAGGAUUUUUUUCCUAUCUUGACUUGCCACGGGUGAGCCAUUAUUAACAGCAUAUACACACUAUACUGCCCUUGUAACCAAAGAUACUAAUGAGUGUGUCUGAACUAGCUUCUCUUGGCAGGGGAUAUUACUGUGCUAUGAAGUGUGAAAAAUGUUCUGACCUAAGUGGAAGGGGCAAGUUUGGUUGGCAGUGGACUGUUUGUAGUUUAUCUGGUAAAGGGACAUAUUUGCAUGAAUAGCAUAAUUGGCCCAUCUUCAGCGGAGGUGAAUUUAACCCAAGGCUUGCAGUCAGCGGCCCCUGUAACACACUGAAGACAGCUGUGUCUCAAGAGUUUCUUUUGAUUAUCCAGUGUUUUUUCUGAAUUACUUGAAAAGGCCAGUAUCCUUGGUCAGAACUUUCUAAUGAGAAUAUUUACAGUGUCCGACUUUAAUCUGGAAAAGAAGCAAAAGGGAAAGAUGAAAGCAGUAUAUAUAAAAUUGAUAUUUGCAUUGGGUGAUUGUUACUUACUUGAUUCAGCUAAGGAUGAAUACUUAUUCUAAAAUAACCACUUUUGGAACUGAAAGGGAAAAUAUAUAAAGGCAGCUCUAUUUUUGUGUUCUGAAGUUUGAGGGUUUUAAGAAUUGACUUUUAUGUAAAGAUUGCUACUGUUUGUUAUAAAGUUGUGCAAAGUAUUUCCAGCAAUACCGAGUGUUUCUUUUCUGGUUGUUAUUUUGAAUUGCAUACCCAAAUUAGAAAUUAAAAUUAAUUAAAAAUUAAAUUUAGAUAUUGAAGCCUGUGAAGGGUUGAUUUGGGCAUAAGGUAAUGCCUAUGCUUGGAAAUAAAAGGUGCUAUUCUUACUGGCUACCUUAAAAUAAUUGAAUUAUCAAUUUUAUCUGACUGUCUUUAUCUUAUUAAUUUUAAAUAAGUUUAAGUUAAUGUGUG